UUUGGCACAAGUUCACACGCGGUUGGUUUCAAAUUUAUUUAUAAACAAUUCGGCAAUUUUUAAUAUAUAAUGACAACAAAUAUUUUGGAGAAGAGCUUUGCUGUAGGGUCACGUUUUUCUAACUUCUAUGCUGGAGGUGAUGUUGCGUGGUCAAAAGAUGGUAAACACAUUUAUUGUCUCAAUUCUUCGGAAGUUUGUUGUAUUGACGUUGCCACUGGGCAAGUAAACCAAAUUUAUGGUACAAAAGCUGACACAAUUAAAGACAAUGAAUCCUCUAAGCUAAAUGUAACAGAACUAGAUGAGGUUGAUGAAGACAUAAUUUACACAUUUGCGCUUGCAUCAACUAAUGAUUAUCUUGUGACAGCCCAUCGCAGUGGAUUAAUACGGCUAUGGUCUUUGGAUAGUUCUAAAAUAAUAAAAAUAUGGAAAUCACAACAUCGGGCGCCAGUUGUUAAGGUAACAUUUAGCGCUUGCGGGAAAUUAAUAUGUACAAGUGGUGCUGAUUCUACAUUACGUGUAUGGGAUUUUCUUAACAGUCGAUGUUUAUGUGUUUUGAAGGAUUUUCAAGGACCUGCACUAUUAUUAAGCUUUCAUUCAAAUUCAAAUAUAGCUGAAAUAUACGCUGCAGGUGCUGAUAACACGAUAUAUUGCUGGAAUUAUGAGACCAAGGCACUAGUGCGCACAUUACGUGGACACAUAUCUCAAGUAACUGGUUUUUGUUUUGAGAAUGACAAUGAGGCAUGUAAUUACUUGGUAACUGCAAGUCGAGACAAGGUGUUGAUUAUUUGGCAGCUUGAUACAUCUACACAGUAUAAAACCAUUCCAAUGUUUGAAGAAUUAGAAGGUGCUUUCUUUUUACCAAGUACAAAACCUGAUGUUCAAAAAGUAUUGGUGGCAACAACAAAUGGAAAUCUAAAAUUAGUUAGUUGCAAAACCGGAAAAAUAAUCAGUUUAAAUGCAAGAGAAAAUUACGAAAUUAGAUUAUUUCUACGUUGUCCAGAAACUCAUGAAUUGGCCAUAGUUACUGCUGAACACAACAUUCUUAUAUAUAAAAUUGUUUCUAAAGAUCAAUUAGACUGCACUAAGCAAUUAAUUGGAUUUAACGAUGAAAUAUUAGAUUUAUGCUUUCUUGGAGAUAACGAUCGUUUUCUAGCUGUGGCUACUAAUAGUAAAAACAUAAAAAUAUACGACACUGAAUCAAAUAUGAAUUGCAAAAUAAUUGCUGGUCAUAAGGACACAGUUAUGGCGUUAUCGGCAACGGGCAACAGCAAUUUAUUACUUUCCGCUGGCAAAGACUAUGCUAUUAAUGUAUGGAAACUCGAUCCUGACUCUUUCACAAUGACUUCUGUAGCUUCUAAUUUAAAUGGUCACACGGCAACGAUUGGUUGUAUAUCGUUUGGAUUUAAUAGUUCGUCAGUAUUUGCCUCAGUUUGCCAAAGUGGUACUUUAAAAGUUUGGAAUUUAAAUGUGGAUAAAAAAAAGGAGUACAAUUUUGUUAUAAAGUAUUCGGCGCUUGCACAUGAAAAGGAAGUUAAUUCCGUAACAUUUUCUCCAAACAAUAAAAUGAUUGCUACUGCUUCGCAAGAUAAAACCGCAAAAUUAUGGAGCUCUGAAACUCAAGCAGUUGUAGGUACAUUGCGUGGCCAUACACGCGGUGUUUGGUGUGUUCGCUUCUCACCCGUAGAUCAGAUUGCAUUAACAUCGUCUAGUGACUGCAGUUUACGAAUAUGGUCACUUGCAAAUAUGUCCUGCUUAAAACGACUUGAACAGGAAUGCACUGCACUGCGCGCCGAAUUUAUUGAUCAUGGGAAAUAUAUAGUGUCCUCUUCUUCUGAUGGUCUUAUUAAAAUUUGGAGCAUAAAAAAUAAUUGCUGUAUUCAAACACUAGACGAGCACACAGAUCGUGUUUGGGCAUUAGCUGUAUCGAAUCGCAGUAAAAAAUAUUUCUACAGUGGUGGGGCAGAUUCUAAAAUAGUAAAAUGGCAAGAUGUCACAGAAGAAAACCGUAACUCUGAAAUGGACAAACGCCAAGCGAUGGUUCAGGAAGAACAGACGCUGCAGUCUUUAUUACAUGCCCAUAAGAAUAUGCAUAAAGCUUUUGUUUUAGCAUUGAGACUUGACAAACCUAAAACAACGUACAAUAUUCUGAGUGACUUUAUACGUAAUCGAAACACAGCAGCGAUAGAAAAACUUAUAACAGAAUUAAAUAAUGACCAGAGAGGAACUUUACUAGGGCACGUCAAGGCGUGGGGCACAAAUUCGAGACAUGCAAGUGUAUCUAAUAUAACACUGCGUUAUCUUUUAACAGAUCUGAUAGCUCAUCCAAAUCAGCGUACAUACAAUACGAGCAACAUGGUCGAAGUUAUUACGCCUUAUACUCAGCGACAUUUCAAUCGGGCAACGGAGUUGAAAAAUGAGCUUUGUUUUUUGGAAUUUAUUGUUAAUUGUAUAUAA